AUGAUAUCAACAACUGUGUGGAGAAAUUUUGCUAAGCAAGCCAUUUCGAGGAAGCAGAGGUUUCACAUCAAUUCGCAGUCUUUUUCACGAGCUUAUAGCCUUCUGGGUAUUUGCCAGGAAUCGGUUUUCCCGGGAAAUUUCAAGCCUUUUGAGCUGAGUUCUUGUUCAAGCUUGAGGUUUUCUGAGGUGGGUUUUCGUGGGAAAGGUACUAUUUCUUCACCUGAGGAUUGUAUGUGUAAGCCCAGUGUCUGGUCUGUGAGGAAUCCGAUUGGGUUUAAUGGGUUUUGUCCCAAAGGGUAUGCGAGCGUAGCUGAGGCCGUAUCUUCCACAGAUGUUGAGGAAGAUGUGUCUGUUGUUGAUGAAGUUCAAGAAUUAUUGCAACAAAUGAGCAUAGAGGAGAAGAGGGAGGCCCAAUAUAAGCAGCGGACUAGGCAGAAUAGAGCGAGAGGAAUGGGGCAAGGGAAGUACCACAUGCUUAAGAGAAGACAGAUAAAGAUUGAAACUGAAGCAUGGGAACGGGCGGCCAAGGAGUACAGGGAGCUUAUGAUGGACAUGUGUGAGCAGAAGUUAGCACCCAAUUUGCCAUACAUGAAGUCUUUGUUUCUUGGUUGGUUUGAGCCUUUGCGCAAUGCCAUUGACAAAGAGCAAGACCUGUGUCGGAAGGGAAAGAAUAAGGCAGCUUAUGCACCGUAUAUUGAUCAGUUACCAGCUGAUAUGAUGUCAGUUAUUACAAUGCAUAAGUUGAUGGGAUUGCUGAUGACCGGAGGCGAACAUGGAACUUGCAGGGUGGUAGCAGCUGCUUGCACGAUAGGUGAAGCCAUUGAGCAGGAGGUUAGAAUACACAAGUUCUUGGAAAUGACGAGAAAGAAAAAGGUUGACAAAGAUCAGGAAAAUGGGGAGUCUGAUGCUGCAAUGAAGGAACGAGAGAAGUUGAAUAAAAAAGUCACUAAUUUGAUGAAAAAACAAAAACUGAAAGCAGUGAGAGGGAUAGUGAGCAAACAUGAUGCUUCAAAAUCAUGGAGCCUGGAAGCCAGGGCUAAGGUCGGCAGUCGUUUGAUUGAAUUGUUGACUCAAACAGCUUUUAUACAACCUCCAGCUGACCAGUUAGCAGAUGGUCCACCGGAUAUACGACCUGCAUUUGUACACACAUUUAGGACUGUUGCGAAAGAUGCAAAGAAUGCCAGCAGAAGAUAUGGUGUUAUUGAAUGUGACCCUCUUGUUCUCAAAGGCCUUGAGAAAACAGCAAGGCACGUGGUGAUUCCUUAUAUGCCGAUGUUGGUACCGCCAUUGAACUGGACUGGUUAUGACAAAGGAGGGUACUUUUUCCUACCAUCCUAUGUCAUGCGCAUUCAUGGAGCUAGACAGCAGCGUGAAGCAAUUAAGAGGACCCCAAGGGAGCAACUGGAACCGGCCCUGGACGCCCUUGGGAAUACCAGAUGGAGAGUUAAUAAGAGGGUACUUAGUGUUGUAGAUAGAAUAUGGGCUAGUGGAGGCCAUCUCGCUGAUCUGGUGGACCGUAAUGAUGUUCCUUUACCAGAGGAACCAGAUACUGAAGAUGAAACACUGCUUAAGAAAUGGAAAUGGAAGGUGAAGUCUGUGAAGAAAGAGAACAUGGAGAGGCAUUCACAGCGUUGUGACAUAGAACUUAAACUAGCUGUAGCACGGAAGAUGAAGGAUGAAGAAGGUUUUUACUAUCCACACAAUCUUGACUUUCGGGGCCGAGCAUAUCCUAUGCACCCAUACUUGAAUCAUCUCGGUUCAGAUGUAUGCCGGGGUAUUUUGGAGUUUCAAGAGGGACGCCCCCUUGGAAAGUCAGGCUUAAGUUGGUUGAAGAUACACUUGGCAAAUCUAUAUGCUGGUGGUGUGGACAAAUUAUCCCUUGAGGGUCGAAUAGCAUUUACUGAGAAUCACUUAGAUGAUAUAUUUGAUUCUGUGGACAAACCACUAGAAGGAAGGCGCUGGUGGUUGAAGGCAGAAGAUCCAUUUCAAUGCUUGGCUGUGUGCAUUAACCUUGCUGAAGCUUUGAGAAGCUCUUCUCCAGAGACUUUUAUUUCACAUAUUCCUGUACAUCAGGAUGGCUCGUGCAAUGGUUUACAACACUAUGCUGCCCUUGGAAGAGACAAGUUGGGAGCAGCUUCUGUCAAUCUGGUUACAGGAGAGAAGCCUGCAGAUGUUUACUCAGGAAUAGCUGUUAGGGUACUGGAAAUCAUGAGAAGAGAUGCACAGAAGGAUCCUGUAGUUUUUCCAGAGGCAUUGCGUGCAAAAUUAUUAAUUAAUCAGGUGGAUAGGAAAUUGGUGAAGCAGACUGUGAUGACAUCAGUAUAUGGUGUCACUUACAUUGGUGCUCGGGAUCAAAUCAAGAGGAGGUUGAAGGAACGUGGUUCCAUUUCAGAUGAUGCAGAGAUCUUUGGUUGUGCUUGUUAUGCUGCAAAGAUCACCUUAACUGCUUUAGGAGAGAUGUUUGAAGCUGCACGAGGUAUCAUGAGCUGGCUUGGCGAAUGUGCAAAAAUAAUUGCAUCUGAGAACCAACCGGUACGGUGGACAACUCCACUUGGACUUCCAGUUGUGCAACCUUACCGUAAAUUCGGAAGGCAUCUUAUUAAAACUUCCCUUCAAGUUUUGACGUUACAGCGAGAAACAGAAAAGGUCAUGGUCAAGAGGCAGAGGACGGCUUUCCCACCAAAUUUUGUUCAUUCUCUUGAUAGUUCUCAUAUGAUGAUGACUGCGAUUGCCUGUAAAAAGGCAGGCUUAAGCUUUGCAGGAGUUCAUGACUCAUACUGGACACAUGCGUGUGACGUGGAUGAAAUGAACAAGAUACUUCGUGAAAAGUUUGUCGAACUCUAUGAGACUCCAAUACUUGAGAAUUUAUUGGAGAGCUUUCAGCAGUCCUUUCCCGCAUUAAUGUUCCCCCCCUUGCCUGAACGGGGUGACUUUGACUUGAGGGAUGUCUUAGAGUCGCCGUAUUUCUUUAACUAA